UUAACAUUUCUUUUUUUCCACCAAAAAUGUUCAAAGAUUUCCCAAAAAUGUUGAAAAUGUGGACAUCAGAAGUUUCACUGUGAAAAUAUAUGUUUUUUCCACAUUUUCAAACUUUAAAACGCGUCAAUUUUGACCCACAGGAUGACACGAGGGUUAAAAUCGCAUCUCUGUGUAGCUAAACUACACAUUUAGAAGAUUUUUUCCCCAAGAAGCUAAUCCCCUUAUGCCUUAAAAUUGCUUAGAUGUAACUGUACACUUUUACUUCUUUUAGAAGCUCAGUUCUAUGAAUAUGCAAAUCAGUCCUGCCUCGAUCUCCACUAACCCCUCUGCUACUCGCCUGCGGCUCUAGCUGCCCUCUCACCUUCGACUUUGCUCAAACACUGUAUGCUACUCAAACGCCUGGCUCUAUGAAUCUAUAUUUUUAAGGCUGUUUUGUGAUACAAUGCAAUUCAAGGUAGAAAUGCUCAGCCACGGCAUUAUUUUGCUCAUGAUAUAUCUUCCCGCAUGUAAAAAACACCAUAUGCACACAUGCUAACAGAAGGUGAAAACUUGACUUUCAUUGGAAGGGAUCUUUAAGAAUAUACCAACUAUAACUAACUCAUGCACAGAUCAAGUCAGAAUCAUUACAGUGAUGGUUUUAGCCAUUUACCGGAGCUAUUUAAUGCUUUUUAGUUUAGCAGCUCUGUUCAUAUAAUGCACAAGUCUUGCAUCACAGGGUGCUUAAAUCUUUGUAAGUCUGACACAAAUCAUAAAUUGUCAAUGUGGGCAGUGGUCUGACAAGAAGAGUGUCCUGUGCUGUUCUGGCUUUAAGAUAAAUUUGUAUUUUUUUUCUUUUUUUCCUGCAGUUUCUCCUGCAGGUAUGUGUUCCAGUCGGGGUUUUUGUGGUGCCAACAACCGCCCCAACAGAUCAUCAUCAGAGUCCGGCGGCUCCGGUGCCCACUAUGCUCUGUGUGCUCUGGGAGUGGGCCUCAUCGCCCUGGGCAUUGUUAUGAUUGUGUGGACUGUGAUACCCAUGGAUGGAGAGGGAUCAAGCACCUCCACUGCUUCGUCAGGUAACUCGUCUACAGUUCCUGGGACAGACAACCACAAUGAUGGUGAGGACACAGACCACACAAAGUCCUCGUCAGUGGCGAUGGUGCUAGUUGGAGUUGGGGCAGCCAUGUUGCUUUUGUCCAUUUGCCUCGGCGUGAGGAGCAAGAGGAGAGCUCGCAACAGAAACAGCCAGUCAGCGGCAGCAGCAGGCGGCCUUAUGGACCAUGUGACAGGAGAUCAGGAAUCGUCAACUGUAGACCCAACUUCGUACAACGUGCCGAGCUACGAGGAAGUCGUCGGCAGCGGCGACUACCCCGUCCGUCAGAGCAACCUUCGCCAGAGCAUCUCGCAGCUGCCGUCCUACGAGGACAUCAUAGCUGCUGUGGAAAAUGAAGGAGCAGAGCCCGCCAACAACUCCACUGAGGACACUCCUCUUAAUGAAUCCACGCCGGCUGCUGCACAACCCGCCGCUGCACAACCCGCCGCUGAGCCUCAACCCGAACCGGCUGCUGCCCUCGUGCCAAACCCCAGCCUGCCCACCCGCAGCAGCAGCCGGGCCAGCCGUUUACUGCGGCCCCUCCGGGUCAGGAGGAUCAAGUCGGACAAACUGCACCUGAAGGACUUUCGCCUCCAAAUCCGCAGCCCGACACAGAACCCAGUGACCAUUGAACCCAUCACUCCUCCUCCGCAGUACGAUAAUAAGAUGCCCGAAUUACAGUAAUGCCUCCCUUAUUGCCCGUUCCUGAUAAAGUAAAUAAAAAUAUCUGUCAGUAAGUAGGUAAAUGUUGCAGUGUUGAUGGAAGCUGUGCAGACACACACCUGAUAUGAGAAUAUGUCAAGUGAAAGUCUUGUUCUUCAUCACUGAAGUUUGCGAUCGGCAUAUUUAUUCUGUUAUAAUACAUUAUAAGGUCUUUCAGCUUUCAGAGUCGAGAUUUUUUUUAAACAUCCUGCUGUAACUUAUGUCAGACAUCGGACAGUCGUUGAGUUUUAUUUAAUAGCCAUAGUUUUCCUCCUUGUUACUGCAUUUUCAUUGUGAUUAUUCGUGAAAUGCGGAAAAUUUGAAACCAUAUGUAGUGAUUUAAAGGGAGCAAUGGGACGUUAAUCUUCUGAGAGAUUUUUAAGUCAUAUUAAAUAUCAUAAAUAUCAGAUGUACAACAUUUUGUAAUUUGUAACUCUGACAAAAACAUGCAUUGAGGCCAAACAUUUGUGACUUAUUACUCGUUUGUUUGUGGAUUUUGUACAUGUUUUUUUAAAACUCCUUGUUCUAAAGACACUGGUUUAUGUAAGCUUCUUCACACGGAUAUUAAGAGAAGAAAAGGAUUUUUUUUGGACAGUAAAACCAUAAGUAAACUGUUGGACAUUCUGGUGAUGUGAUGUUAGUAAUUAAACAUACAUUACUUCAUGGAACUUUUAUAAGUGUUGUAAUGUUUGAAUCUAUUUGUAAAAACGAGGCAAUAAAUGUUUUUCUAUUUCAUUUAAGAUCAUGUUAAGAUUUCAUAUUUUUGUUGCCAAAUGUCUGGGAAAGGGAUUUUUUUCAGUGUAAAAUCCACUAAAAUCAAAUAGAUCUACUAAAUACAAAAUAUAUCAUGACUAAAGAAAGCCUUGUUUGUGUCAUGUUAAUGAACGAAUAGAAAUAAUUCUUCCUUUUCUGAUAAUUUAGUCUAAUUUGCAUGCUGUAACUUUGAUAGAGCUGUAUUUAUUUUAAAAAAAGAAAGACUAAUACUGUUGUUUUACUUUUGGUUAAUAAAAUGUAACUGUUGA